AUAAUCAACAUCGUUAUCACGUGGCACAACACUAUACCGGUUCGUUCAAUUGGAACACAGGUUAAACUAUUUUUCAAAACAUCUGUAAACUUUUGUUUAUUUCUAUCGGAAUUAUACUACCUUCUUAUAAGUCCUAUUUAGUACUCCUUUAUUUUCAUCUAUAACCAUUUGAUACUAAUGUAGUGAAGUGGAGUGUGUUUCAGUUGUGUUCUUGAUAACACUCAAGUAAUAUUAUCGUAUCUACUGUCAUCAUAAAUACGGCUUUUGAUAAUAGGUGAACUGGCAGAUACACGUCGCAAUGUGUUGAAUGAAACAAACCUUAUCCGCAUUGCACAAUGUGGUUUCCUAUAUCAAGUAGGUACCAAGUUACUAAGCAUGAUAUGAAGCAUUGAAGAAGCGAAAGCGUACAUGUGUUGCGUAAAGUCGAGUGCCGGUAACUCAAGACUAGUGUUAGUGGAUGUUCAAAGUGAUUAGAACGCGGCAAAGGUUGAUCAUCAUGCUGCCGUGGAUACAGUACCGAUGGACCGGCCUGUGCCUCCUUGUGGCCGCAUUGGCUACUUUAAUGCUCUUCCUGUAUGGGUUCUUCCCAUUGAAGUAUCAUUCAGGGAGAAUGUCACAUAUGGAUGAUCUACCAAACUUCAUAGAAGGUGUCAGUAUUGAUGGCCAGCAAGUUUAUAGUUCUGGUGAGAACAGUGUUGUCCUCAUGGUGAUAGAUGGCCUCCGUUACGACUUUGUAACAGAGGAGUACAUGCCUUACACCGGACAACUAUUAAAGAACAAAUCUGCCUGCAUCUAUGUGUCAGUAGCUGAACCACCUACUGUCACUAUGCCUAGGAUUAAGUCACCUGAGCGUAAGAAGGAAAAGGCACAGUGGAGGCGCACAAUAAACUUCUGGCGGGACAUAUUUGCCAUGAUGACGGGCAGUGUCUCUACAUUUGCGGAUGUGGCCCUAAACUUUGGCGCCCCAGCUGUUCGUGGCGACAGUGUGUUGCGCGUCGCCAACGCUAGAGGGCGCCGCACUGUGAUGUACGGAGAUGACACCUGGUUGAGACUGUUCCCUGGACUGUGGUCACAGUACGAUGGAACCACUUCUUUCUACGUCACAGAUUAUACAGAGGUGGACAAUAAUGUCACAAGACAUCUGGACAAAGUGCUAACACCAGAUGAGAAUAAGAAACCUACAUUCGACUUCCUAGUCCUUCAUUACUUGGGCCUUGAUCAUAUAGGUCAUUUAGAAGGCGCUAGAAGCCCUAAGAUCAAACCGAAACUCCAAGAAAUGGAUGAAGUUGUAAAGAAGAUAUUUACCGCUAUGAAAACGUGGGAUCGUAAAGGCGUACUGAUAGUAUGCGGUGACCACGGCAUGCGAGACGCGGGCGGACACGGUGGCGCCACGCCUAGCGAAGUCCUCGUACCUCUUGUGUUGGCCAUGAGCUCCGACUUCGAAUGCCCGCAUCCGCUAGGUCCAGGUCCGACAGUAGCUCAAGUAGACGUAGCGCCCUCAGUAGCCUGGUUACUGGGCGCUCCGCCCCCCGGGGAUAGUGGCGGACGCCUCCUCCCCGCUCUACUCCCGCAAGACCCGCGCCAGCAUCUGUACUUACUGCACGUGCUCAGCAGUCAUGCUGUGAAACAGGAUAUACCUACUGACACUGAGUUCUACAAGCAGUACCAACGGGCUGAACAGCAAUUUGCCCAUUACCUCGCCACCGGGCAACAGAGUGCCGCCAAGAUAGCCAAAGAAUUCUACGAAGAAUCACUUGCAAAGAUGUCCGAAUACCUCACUCAAACUAAAACUGAAUUCGAUUUGUUCGCUAUUGGAGUUGCUAUUGUUUUAUUGUAUGCGAUUGCAAUAUCACUACUACUAGUCACCCUGUACUCUAUCCAACCAGACAACAGACGCAAAACGAGCAUAACAAGCCGCUCCCACCAGCGCUCCAGCAUCGGUUCCAUGAUAGCAUUCCUCAUAAUCUUCUCCAUAUGCAGUGCCAUCCUUAUCACUUCAUGUUUCAUUACCGAAACCAAAAGCCAAUUAUGCAAUUUCGAGUCUUUUUGGAUACUUGGACUUUUGGCAACAUCCUGUAUGUUCACAGUCACUUAUUUCCUCAUAAAGACUGGUAUAGAAAGGAUAAAAGAUCUUUCUUUACUGAACGAAUUGAAUGCUAUAGAUCUGCUUCUAAUUGGAGCCACGUUAUUCCACUGUUGGUCUUUCUUUGGUACAAGUUUUAUUGAAGAAGAACAUAUGACUUGGUAUUUCUUUUGGAACACUUUGAUGUUCUUUGUUUUGGUUCGAACUGUUGUUAUUCUGCUCAUGUAUUUGAGUAAGAAGUUGACUGGAGCGACUGAAGUGCAAGAGAAACCGGAGUUGGAGCAACGGAUGAGCGCUGUCGGUGUUGGGAUACUGCCUAAGUGGGUGCUUCUGAUUGCGUUACAUAGAUACCUAAGAACAAUGAACCAGACUGGGGACAGAUGGUUGUUCCUCCCAGACACGGCAGACUGGUUGAACGCACCAGAAAACGUGUUCUACCUUCAAGCUCAUCUUGUUAUAGGUACAAUUGGCACACUAGUAAUAUGUCUAUGGAACCUUCGUUACCUGAACAACGUGAAGCAUUUCCAAUCUAUGCUCACAAUCGCAGCAGUAAUCUGCAUAUUCUGCUACCGAAUCGCCUCCAGCGCCUUAGAGACACCAAUCGACGACAUAAAAACUUGGGACCCAGUCAAAAUCGUAGACGUCUUCUGGGCCAUCCUCAUAGCACAGUUCCUUCUAGAAAUAGUCUCUUAUAUAGGAAUCCUCAAGUCCUGUGGCCUUCAACCUGUAAAGAACAGUUCGAAUGCUAACAAAUUCGAAUAUAAUAAGCCUAAAGCGAAAUCUGAAGACUAUUUCUACGACAAUCUAAUGGAGGAGCCUUGGAAUGUUGAAGAAGUUAAGCUGAACUUGGUUAGGUCUCUUUCUCAUCUAAUGUUAAAUGAUUUAAUGUUAAUAGUGUGUUUAUUAAUGCGUCCUCAUAACGUGGUCAUGGUUCCAAGUAUAUUUGUGACGUGUGUGUUGACGUCUGAGUGCAUGGACCACAAACUGUUGGACUCAAAGUCUGGGAAGAAGACCGAAGUCGCUGAUAUACUUAGCAGGACCCUUGUUCAUAUGUGGAUUGGUAUCCUGUUCUUCUUUUAUCAGGGUAACUCAAACAGCCUGUCGUCAGUAGACCUCGGUUCAGGGUACGUGGGGCUGCGGCAGUACUGCCCCGUGCGGGUGGCGCUCCGCAUGGGGCUGCAUGCGUACGCCGGGCCCGCCAUCGCAGGCGCCGCGCUGUUCGCGACCAUCGCUCGCCACGCUAAUACUUGGGACACGUACUUGCAAACAAUAUGGCGUUCAACGAACAUUUUAGCAGCUCAUCGAGUUUACUGUGUAGUUGUGUACUGUGUUAUAGCGACAAUCUUCAGAGACCAUCUCUUUGUAUGGAGCGUGUUCUCUCCCAAACUGUUGUAUGACUUCGUAGCCACAAUAUUCUCCCUCCAAGCCCUCGGUACUAUAGCACAAUUACAAUUCCUGGCACAUACCACCAAUUACCUAGCUAGAAUCUUCACGUACAAAUCAAGACUGUGAUAUAACUAUCUAGUGCUUACCAAAGGUACUCUAUGUUGUGGAUUUAAAGCUCAAUUUACAAUGCUGUUACAUAAUAUUAAGGCGUUUGCAAUAAAAUUGUAUUAAAGUAAUCAGUUUUGGAGGUUUUCAACUUUAUGCAUGUGUAGUUAGGUCGAAACUCGAUUGAUACAGUCAACAUUUGACCUCAUUUUACCCUGUGGUCUAUGAAUUGAAGAAUUCCUGUGCAAGAUUUAAAAGUGUUUUGUAUAUAAAUUCGAAAAUCUAUUGCAGUUCUAUAGAUCGGAUUAAAAUAGUAUCUGCACACGGCAUAAUUAACCUUAUGUCAAUGGUAUAACAUACAAAAUAAAAAAGCCAGUAGUUACAGAAAUUGUUAAAUUAAAUCGUAUUUUAAUUUAUACGUUAUAUGAUCGACAUAGAGUUCAUUUCACCGUGUACAAUUUUGUUGCAAAAUGUGACUUUAAUAUUUUUUUCGCGAUGUAAAUUGAGUAUAAAAUGAAUUGUGAGAAUUUUGAUGACUAUUGCCAUUAUUAUUGUUAUUAUAGUGUUGUGAUUACCAAGUGUAGCUAGUUAGUUGACGUCCAAUUAAUGAACAAAAUAUAUUAUAAACUGGGUGCUAUUGAAUUUGGAGGUAUUAUCACGAAUGCUAGCCGCUGAAGAGGAGUCUUAUCAUUUUAAAUUGUGUGACUAUCCCAAAGGACAGGAAAUAUGUUAUACUAUCUUCCGCCCGCGUGGUAUGUUGAUAAAAAGUAGUUUUAUGUAUUAAAGUAGUGUACCUAACUACAUAUGUAGGUACCAAACUUAAACCGAUUCGGUCCAGCCGUUUUUCGUGAAAGAAUAUCAAUCAUAUCUAGUUACAUUCUCACAAACUUACACAUUUAUAAUAUUAGUAGGAUUUGCCCUUGCCUAUCCUGAUGGGAGACAAUGUAUAGCCUAGAUUAGAUAUGAGCGCCGAUGGCCAAUUCCACGGCGGCGGCGCGGUCUAAAAAUUUACACGGCGGCGGCGGCGCGCCGGCGUGGUGUACAUUUUUAUGGUGGGUGGUGUGGGGGGGGGUGUAUUAAGAAUAAAGAAAAGAAAACCAUAUUGUUGAUACUAAAGAAAACUAUAUUAUACUUUAAUAAAGAAACAGAAGACAUAAUUCGUAUAACAUUGCUUAUUUACAUCACAUAAAUCACCUUUUUAAUGAUAAAAAAUAACUUGCAUCAGUCAUUUUAAUGAGAUCAAUCAACAUUAACUCAACGACAUUGCUUGUCCUUUAAUUUUAAUCAUUUUGCACAGAAAUAAAAUAAGUCACAUUUUUAAAGAUUAAAACUAGCAUCAAUAAUUUUAAUGAGAUCGAUAUUAACAAAUCAAAAUUGCUUGUUCUUAAUUUAAUAAUUUUUACAGAAAUAAAAUAGAUCACAUUUUUACAUAAAAACUAGGUAAAUACGCCGAAAAAAAAAUCAAAGUCCAAUAAUUAUUUAAAAAAAUAAAAGAUCACGUUUGAUGAAUAGCAAAAAUGUUUCAGUAUUAUAAAUAAAAAAAUAAUUUACUGACCAAAACUACUUAUUUAAAGACUCUUUGCAAAAUACAUAAUUAUCAUGGAUGAAUACUAUCCUAUUCACUCUGAUAGGAUUUAGUCGAGAACGUUUCGCAGUUAUUACUAGUCCAGCUGUGGAGAAGACUCUCUCGCUCGGUGUGCUUGUAGCAGGUAUAUUUAAGAUUGAUCGUGCGAGAGCAUAUAAUGAUGGCAUACAAGUUUUUUUGUCCCUCCAGUAUUGCAGAACAUCUCCACCGUAAGGCUGUAAAUGUUCAGGACUUGCUGUCGCGAAAUAAGUCCAACAUUCGUUUUCAACAGCACUUUCGGCAUCUUGUUGAGUAGCGCUGUGCUUUCGGGCCAAAUCCAGUAAAAAGUUUGCAGCGUUAACGGAAGAACUCGUCCCGACUUCCCCGGCAGAAUCAGUAAUUUUAUUUUGAGGAAUGUCUUCUGUCAUCAAUCGACUUCUGACCAUUGAUGCCAGAAAUGAAACUUUAGUGGUUCCUUUUGUUUUCAUAAAUUCCUCUAUCUCAUUAAUUCCAUGGAAUCGACAGUCGAGUAAGGUUGCCGCAACAACCACAUCAGUCAAAGGAAAUCGAGAUUCUAAACCCGCUAACAUAUUAUUUUUUAGCCUUCUUAUUACAAGAGGCUCAUCAUCACCCAUUUCUUCCAGCAAUCUUUUUAUUUCCGAGCGAAAUACCAGAGCCAAAUUUAUAGUUGGCUGAGUUUCUGAACUUAGAAUUUCUACAAUUUUUUUAAAAUUUUCUAAGAAUUUUAUUAAGGCCUCAAUAUUUUCAUAGUCUAUAUCUUGUAUUACGAGACUACCUCGACCUAUUUCAUUCAGAACUGUAUUUAUAGGCUGACGAUUUGCACUGUUAGAAAUGCUUUUCAGCAUCAUCAAGACGCUGUGCCAUCUUGUGCUUGUGCUCGUUUUAAUAGUAGGAGGGGGCUGCAAAUGUUUUCUGGAACUUAAAGCUCUUUCAGGUAUCUCAGUUGAUUCCGAUUCAGAAUCGGUUGAGUCGCUAUCUUCAUCCUCUACAUGUUCCGCGAAUUCUUCAAUAAAAGAAAGCAGAUCAUUUUGUGCUGCAGAUGCAGCGGCUUCAACACGUGGUGCCCUGUAACGGACAUGCUUAACAAUCUUCUUGCAUUUUUUUAAUAACUUGGAUAUUUCCCUUGUGUUUGCGAUACCAUCUACAUUGACUAGAUUAUGGAGAGCAUGACCAAGGCAAAGAUGGUUAUCAAAGCCUAAUAAAUUCGCAGCUCUCUUCAUAUUGCCACCUGCAUCUGUGACCAAAUAAAUAUUUUUUUGGUCUAUUUUAAAAGAACGCAAUACUUCCAAAAUUGUGUCACGGAUUGUUUCGCCGGUGUGUUUCUUGGUAAUUUCUAUUGUAGCCAGAGUAAAUUUGAUGAGAGUCAUGUCUUCAGAAUUAAAAUGAAACGUACAAGUGAUAUAAUUACGCCGCCUAUAUUGGUCGGUCCACAUAUCAGCGGUUAAUGCACCAAAACGAGGACUUUGAUUCGAAAUAAAAUUAUUUACAUACGCUAGCAUACUGUUAUACACAUCUUCCAGUCCUUCUCGUGCUAUGUUGUGCCUCGAGGGCAAAUCGUCGGCGGAAACAAUAAUGUUGUACUUUUUCAAAAAGUCAAUCAUUGCAUCAUUUUCCACACUGUCAAAUGGAAUCAAAGAUCUAGCAAACCAAAGAGCUAAAUCUCGAGACAAAGACCACUUAUUGCUGCUCCUCUUACUACUGCUACUGGUUGUCGGAGUCCUCGGAGAAAAAAACUGUGUUAUGCUCGAAGGCUGCGACCUUUGUGUAUCUUCUACACCAUGUGCAUCUUUCAAAUGUCUGAGAAGAUUACUUGUGGCUAUUCCUUUAGAGUAAGCUUUCACUUGGGCCCUGAAAAGUAAUAAAUGUGAACUAUACCAUGUGAUAAAAUGUUAAAGAAAAUGAAAAGGCUUAAUGUGAUGGUUUGACAUUUCUAAACAAUAUCUGUAAAAACAUCUAACAAUUCCUAACAUUUGUAAGUACAUAAAUGUUUUAUUUACUACUAAUUUAGUUAUAUUGACACUAGUUUAAAAGAUAAUACGUAAAUAAAAUAAAUAGUUAGCUUGAAAGUCUGGAAUUUCGGAUUACUAAUCUUGUUUUUCGAAUACUAAAUUCAAUCUAGGAAAAGUAAAACUAACUUACUUUGAAAACAAACAAUUCUCGUCUUCAUUUUUUGCAUUUCGUAGGCAAACUCCACAAAAUACUUGUUCACUUAAAACAGCUCUCCGUUUUCCAUUAAAUUCUACUGCUAAUUGUCCGAAUUCUGUCCAGCAAAAACUAUGUGUAUGUUUUGUAGAAAGAUUUUUCAGUGGUGUUAUAAAAAUGUCUUUUAUUUUCGUUUUAUAAACAUCAAUACUAGUCGAAGACACUGCCGCCAUUGUUUACGUCACUUAACUAUAACACACGUUCGCUCGCCACGGUGACAAACUCGACUGAGCGAGCGCAGCUCAGACGCGGUUCGGUCGGUCGAGUGGCGGUAGACUGGUUUGUACAUGUCGCGACGGCGCGCCGCGCGUUUCGUUCGACGGCGGCGCGCUGACGCUAAGACACGGCGACGGCGGCGCGCCGGCGCGGCGCUCAUAUCUAGCCUAGAUAGCCUAUUUAAUAAAUGAUAUCGCAUGGCGAUCCGAUAUCUGCGCAGCGCUAACGUAACCUAAACGAUAAUUUUGAGAGCCGCUAGGUUUUCAUGACAUCCUUUCACCCAGUUCAACAGCCAGUUUGAAUGACAAUAUGCCGUUGUUAAGAACUCUGUGAAGCCUUGUGAUACGUGAUAAUGACUCCCAAAAUUCGAUUACACCUUGUAUGAGUAUUUGACAGCGAGUCAGUUUUUAUGUAAUGUACAACACCGUCAACGUAUCUUGGCAAAUCUGAAUAUAGCCGAUUAGCUGCGCAGUACACAAUUUUGUUCCUAAAAGAUCCAUUGCGCAGACUAACGGCUAACUUCAGACUCGCCACGAUACGUCGGCCGUACUGUACAGACGGAAGGCAGAUCAUUGUGUACUUAUAUUGUAUAAGUUAAUUGUAGAUAUUCUAAAUUAGCAAUAAAACCUACUGACUGUAUCACACGUGGAUAGUAUUAUAAUUUUAUUGUACUUUAAUCAGUUAAAAUGUAACGACUUAUUUUAACGACAUCGC